UAUCCAGUAAGCAUGAUCAUCCCAAUUAUUCCAUUCCUUCCACCAUUACAUAUUAACCGCCACUCCCCAUUCAGCACUCACUACUCUUAUCAUCCUCAAAUGUGUGCUUUCUCUCCGCCUUCUCCAUUUCUUCAUCUCCAAUUCUCCCACUUGUCUCUCUCUGAUCCAUGGCUGGAACUCAACCCCCCACCCUUAGUCCCACCAUGAGUACGAGCUGUGAUGAUCAUGAUAUACACCCUCAUGAACAGGGCAUGAAUUUCAACAUUAUGGUCAUUGUUGCAGCCAUUUUGUGUGCCUUUGUUUGCGCUCUUGGCCUCAACACCACGCUACAAUGCGUGUUUCAAUGCGCAAAUCGUGCCUUGACCGAGCCAGUCCAGUGGAUAGCCUCUCGGAGACUGAACUCGGGGCUGAAGAAGAAAGAAAUGGUGGCUUUGCCAACUUCGACUUACACCAAUUCAGGGUCUCCAUCUUCGGCUUCGGUUUGUGCAAUCUGCCUAGUGGAUUUCACGGACGGGGAGAAGAUAAGGGUGCUGCCAAAGUGCAGCCACCGGUUUCACGUCGCAUGCAUUGAUAAGUGGCUCCUCUCUCAAUCUUCUUGCCCUACUUGCCGCCAUCGCCUUAAAUCCAGCGACUGCAUGCCCCAUCUACAGAUUGUCACCGCCUAGUGAAUAUAUAUAAUAUAAUAUAUAUAUAUAUAUGUAUGUAUGUAUGUAUAUAUAGAUAUAGAAAUAGUUAGAUACGUAUAUCAUUCUUUCUGCCAUAGAGUUGUUAGCUAGGGAGAUCGUCUCAGCGGCCUUUGUGUAUUAGCUAGUGUGAUGUUUCUAAUUUUAUGCUAUUACAUGAAAUUAUCAGAGUCGGCCUUGUGAUUAUUUA